CUCCGGAUCCUUUAUAAACUGGUCCUCAGCUCGUCAGAUCAGGCAUUAAUUGUGCUUCUCAAUCUGGUUUGGAUUGUUGGAAAAGGCUCAUCAGCUUUCUAGACUCUAGCCAUGCUUUCUGGUUUGACCUCAGGGUUCCUCCUCCUCAGCCUCCUGCUGCAGGUCGGGACCAACGCUGCUCCUCUGGACCUGGUGGACGACGCGGCCGAUGGCGACGCCAGGCGCACCAUGUUGGGRACUCUGUCUGUGAYCGUUGUCCRRGCCUACGGUCUGAACGGAGAUGGAGUCAGCAGAACUAAUGCUGUUGGUAGGGUGUGGUACGCAAACAUGUUCUUCCAGACCUCAGAGAUCAAGUCAGACAAUCCAGUGUGGAACGCCGUGUUUAAUUUGGGCCAUGUGGAAACUCAUCUUCCCCUGAAGGUUGAGGUUUGGGAUAAGGACGUGGGAAAAGAUGACCUUCUCAUCUCCUGCACACAUUAUCUGACCCGGGGAACCAACACCUUCACCUGCUCAGGGAACGGAAAGCUGGAGGUGAAAUACUCCCUGAUCUGUGACCCCGGCCUUACUGGAAGUAAAUGUGAGCUGUACCAGUAAAAUGCUUGGUGGAAAACUCGGUCACAGUGAGGCUGAACUGGAUCUGUUUAAAUAAAUGACUCAGGUUUUUAUGAUAAUGAAAGUAUCUGUUGAUCAGAGUGCAUGCUAACAUUAUAAAAAAAAUCUUUGUUCCUGCUUUAAACAAAUACAUUUUGGCAACAGAUGAGCAUUAGUUUGCUUUUACUGACGGUAAUUCAAGCUGUACUGUAUUACUUUCAAAAUCCUUUGAAUCAAUAAAAUAUUCUUUCAUUGUGAGA